AUGAGUGCAACAUUCAAAUCCGCUUCAGUUCAAAAGGAUUUUCAGGGAAAAAUUCCACUCUCUGCUCCCCAAGCCAUCACUUUCCUGGCUGCCUAUCACUCACCCCCAGAGCUUCCUCCUCCACUCACCCUAACUGCCCAAUCAAAGAGCAGCCUCAGGUCCCCACCCAGGGGGGUCCAGUCACUGAGCCACUACCGAGGACUCAGCAGCCUCCCUUUUGAGCCCCCUCGCUUCCUGACAUUCCGUCCCGGCUGCCUGCCUUCUCCCGCCACCGCUGCCUCCCACCACCGCUGCCUUCCACAGGCCGUUUCCACCGAGGAAAAGGAAUCGUAUUGUAAGUUCGCUAUCCAGAACCUCCACUCUUUCGACCCCUUUGCUGAUGCAAGUAAGGGUGAUGACCUGCUUCCUGCUGGCACUGAGGAUUAUAUCCAUAUAAGAAUUCAACAGAGAAAUGGCAGGAAGACCUUUACUACUGUCCAAGGGAUUGCUGAUGAUUAUGAUAAAAAGAAACUAGUGAAGGCAUUUAAGAAUUUUGCCUGCAAUGGUACUGUAAUUGAGCAUCCAGAAUAUGGAGAAGUAAUUCAGCCUCAGGGUGACCAAUGCAAGAACAUAUGCCAGUUCCUCGUAGAGCUUGGACUGGCUAAGGACGAUCAGCUGAAGGUUCAUGGGUUUUAAGUGCCUGUGGCUCACUGAAGCUUAAGUGAGGAUUUCCUUGCACUGAGUAGAAUUUCCCUUCUGUCCCUUGUCACAACUUGGAA